AUGCGAACCGCCAGCCGAGCGAGAGGUGCUGCACGACCACCCAGCAGCCCCUCGCAUCCAUCAUCCCCACCAGCUUGCUUGGUGUCGGCAGGGUCUUCGCAGACCCAGCAAUCGGCACCCGCCACUGGUGGAGUACGCCGCAUGCGAUGGACCAUCAAUAUGAAUACAAACGCAUUGCGGGCGUAUUUUAGGGCGAAAGGGGGAGAAAUUGGAGGUUUCGCGUAUCGGGCUAGGAUGCUUCGUCUUUUUACUGAGCUGGAGCCAUCUAUUACUGUCACCGAGCAAAACCUGGCAGAUCGAGUUCGGUAUAUCUUACGCUCAAAUAUAUUUGAUGGCACCGAACUCGAACGGCUACGACGUGAGGCUGUUCCCUCAUCAAAUGAAAACGCUACGACUGGGGGUGCGGUGCCACAAGUUGCAGAACAACCCGCACACGUGGAUGCCGCCGAGAAUACCCCAGUGGUUGCUGAUUCAAAUGAUGAUGGAACAUUCACCCAGGAACUAGAAAUAGAGCAAAUGAGGAGUACAUUGGAAGAGGCGAUUAUGGAAACGCGCAGUACGCCUCUCGAAAAUCGACCGCGACUUCCCCGCAUAGCCCUAAGCAAGCGGAAUCGGGCUGUCGUGAGGGCUCUGAACCCAAUGUUGGUGACCUAUUUGGAAGCCAGCCGGGACCUUUGCGAGACGGACUCAAUUCACUUUGGCGCCGCACUGGCAGUCUGCCGUAUUAUAGGCGCCAAACUUUCCGCGGCUGGACGCACUACUGGACAAAGUAGUACUAUCCCAGCCUGGAGAACAAGAAUUGAAGAACGUAUCGCAAAGGCUAGGGCCCUCAUCGGCAGACUGAUAUGCUUUAGGUCAGGCAAUACCAGGCCAAGGAUUGUGCGCACCGUCAGAAUGGCGUUUGCUGGGACAAAUGUUAGUUUGUCCAAGCCGGAUAUAAUGCAAAAACUGACGGAGCGCAUAGACGACCUGAAGCAGAGAAUCGCUGCUUGGGGAAAGCGAAUUCGGCGAUAUUCCGAGAGGUCGACACGGUUCAACCAGAAUCGUCUCUUCCAGAGUGAUAAGAAGAGGCUCUAUAAAUCAUUGGAGCGACCAAUGGUAAGUGGAACGGCCCAGUACCGAAUCAGGCCGACACGGUCGGAUUCUGGCGCAGACUGUGGUCAGAGCCCGUAA